CUCAGGUUUCGAGUAACACGCUACGGUUUGCAUAAUGGCAGAUGUCCUGUCACUCUUGCGAGAAUAUCAUCUCAGUGGGAAGCCUAUUGUUGAAACACAAAGUGAAGUCAUAUUUGGAGACUUUGCUUGGCCUAAGACUACUAAAACGAACUUCCUAGUAUGGGGGUCGGGAAAGGAAGGUACUCCAAAAGACUAUUAUACGUUGGAUUGUGUUGUGCAUCUACUAAAGCAUAUUGAUUUGCCCCAUACUCAGUAUGUGCGACAAGCAGCAAGUGCUGGCCUUCCAGUCGUACGACUUCCAGAUCGACGUGAUCUUUUAGCUUACCUGAAGGGUGAAACGACUACUGCACCAAAUAUUGAUAGAGCUGCACCAGUAGAUAUCUCUUUACGUCGGGCUGUAGCCAAGCAUGUCGAUAGUCAUAUGCAUAUCCGAAGAGAUGCAAGUGAUUUACUGGGUCCAGACGGUUUCAGUAUCGAUGCUGAUUCCAAACGGAUGCGACUCGCAAACAACGUUGAUGGUCUGGACGAAAGUGUAUUAGGUAGAGAGUCACAAGCUCGACUGAAAUCCGCGGUACUUGAUGAUGAGGCGAUAGCGCGUGAUAAACGUGACUUAGCUGCUAAACUGGAGAGUUCUUUCGGCAACCGUUCCUCCAGUUUUAUUCAACCUGACCAAGUUAAAUCAAGCACAUUACCCGAAGCCGUCCCAUUAGACAAAAUUCAGUCUUGGCGGGCUAAAUUUCGUGCAAUUCAACAACAAAGAAUCAAGACAGGUGAUACAGACCAAGCAAUGGAAGUUGCUGUAACGAAUUAUUCUGGUCAGGAAGGGGAUGUCGGUUUAUCAACUCUGUCAUCCUUGGAUGCUCGAGAUUCUCGGGUUGGCCUUCAUAGUAUUGUACCCGGAGGUGAAUCUCAGUCCAUUAUCCGUAUUGACGAUAGUACUCAUGGUCAGUUAUAUUCCGGUAGCACUUUACUCAGAGCUUCACUUAUGGCGGAUGAAGCACCAGUACGCGCAAUUGUAGCUCGUGAGCGUCGUUGGCGGACUCGUGUUUCAGUUUUGCAAAGUCAAGGCAAAACAUUCUACGAAAACAUCGUUUUGGGGAUUUUGCGGAAUGUAAUUUUAAAAGAAGACUCUCAUGCUGCUCCCGAUGCAAAAGCUGUUGGAAAGUUUGGUUUUAUUUCUACUAAUGCUCAACCAGCUCUUUUUCCCCAACCAUUGGCUGUUGGGACUUACUAUUCUAAACCUAAUGGCACCACAAAUUAUACGAACACUGGAUCAUCUAUGGCACUAAGUACUGGGCAACAUAUGUCGGUCUCCAACUCCACUGCUCAACAUCACUCACAGAUGCAUUAUUCAAGAUAUGAUCAAGAGCGUUUUGCUGGUGGUCGUGAGGAGACUGCUGGUUUUCGUAUUGAUACUAUGGGUACAUAUCAUGGAAAGGCUUUGGCAUCAAUGGUUUCUGUUGGUACACCUAAAUCUAGUCAAGACAAUUCUGUUGCUAGUGCAAACGCUGUCUGUACUCCAGGAACUAUUUCUAGAUCAAUGGGAAAUGAAACUCCGAGUAUUCCUUAUGAACCGCAACCACUUAGAGACCCUCGCGGUAUCAGUUCUGGCAUCCCCUUGACACCCAGUACGACUCCUGAUCCAUAUCGUGGCUUACGUUCCACCGCUGAUGCACGCCUUUCUGCUAGAACGAAAAUGAGAUCAUCUCGUAUCCCAAUUAUCAUUAUUCCUGCAGCACCAACCAGUUUGAUUACAAUGUAUAAUGCUAGGGAUAUUUUAGAGGAUUUACGGUUCAUUAAAUCCCAAGAGAAACAAGCAUCCGGUAUGCGUCGAGAAAACGAGAUACUUAUUCAGCGUCAUAAAUCUGAUGGUCGAACAGUGCCUUAUCGUGUGGUUGAUCAACCAAACAAAUUACUCUUAGAUGAAUGGAAUCGUGUUGUAGCUGUUUUUGUCCAAGGUCAAGCUUGGCAAUUUAAAGGUUGGCCAAUCAGCUCCGAUCCAGCAGUAAUUUUUUCUCAAAUCAAGGGUUUUCAUUUGAAGUACACUAAUAUGCCAUUGGAUCCAAAUGUAGCCAAAUGGAAUGUACGUGUUAUUGAUCUGGAUCAAAGGAGACAUCUAGACAAGGCAAAUUUCCAACAAAUUUGGGACCAAUUAGAUAAGCAUAUUGCCAGAAAUAAGCCAUUUUUACGGUCUUAGGAAAAUAAAUGAAAAUUACCCUUUUGUACAAAAGAAAUUCAUUUGUUUUAUUUUUGAUUUGAAUUGUAAAAUAAAUUGUGCAUAGUGAUGUUAACAAACGAUUUUUUUAACUGCACGCUUUAUGUCGGUAUUUCCUCGAAAAAAAAGACAAUUUUCUCAAUAGCGUACACUUGCAAGCUCCGUCUAAUGUAUGGUUGUAAGAAUAGUGGUUGGAAAUCGAUUAUGUGAACAAUAGUUAAAAAGUAUGUUAGGUCACUGGUUCCAUUUGAGCAUCAUUCGUAUUGUCGGAAAAAAAGUGUUUGAAUGCUUUGAUUUUUUAAAUUGGUCAUUUCUGUAACUUGAAACUAACUACAAGUCCCUUCAAAAUAUAAAUAGUUAUUGUUCAAAACUAACAAAUUGAUUGUUCCAUCACUAUGAUCUCACUGAAUGUACGUAAGAAUCGUCGUGGUACGGGUCUGUUUUACCAGUUGUUGUCGUCUCGUUAUGUGCAUUAACUGGGCCCAACAAGCAGCUAAUUUAUAAGUUACUACGUUUCCUUCAGGCCGUGAUUAUUUCGAUGGUGUUUUAACUUAUCAUACACUACAACAGUCACGUUACUGCAGACUAACAUUGUAUUGCUUGACAAUAGGCAUAACAGCACUAGAUUAUUCUGUUAGAGAAGAGUUUCUCCAGCAUUUCUGUUUACAGCUGAGGAUUCCUAUACAAAACACUUCGAGAAGACUAAUGGCCUACAGCUACUCUCCAAAGCGCAAAACCAACAUUAGGUUUGUGUAAGCUUGAUUUAUCUCUAUAUUCUACGUUGAGAUUAUUAGCACCUUUUAAAUGAUUAUUGGUAGUGUAGGUCUGUUAAACUAAGGAAAACGCUUCGGCUUCAAAUAUUCAUAUCAUGUUACAGUGUGAUGGCACAUAGAAUACUCAAACAGGACCUAAUGAGCUAACGACCAGCUUUCCUGAGUAAAGUAUGUCUUUUGUACCUUGAAAACGCAAAAUUUUUCUAUGAAACUGAUAAGAACAUGUUUCUGUAUUUAUUUUUCGUGAUAAGCUGGUGAAAAUAGAACGUUCAUCGACUUAGCUCAAUGAGCGAUGGUGAGUCAUAUAUGAAGAAUUUCCAAGUAGCAAAAUAAAUGAUGGGAUUUUCCUACCAGCCGUUUGUGUAGUCAGUAAAGAAAGUUAAGUAGUGCGUAUGUAGUGUGAAAAGCCACCAUUUAGCUAAGUAGGACUCGUAAUGACUCCUACAAUCAAAAUUAUUAAACUGCCAUCGACCAGACUACUGCUCUGGUGAAAAGGAUUGUUAGAUGUUACUUACAAAAGUCACAUACAAUUGGUUUGCUUUAUAAACUUGGACUUAUUAACCUACUAAAAGCUGUCUUUGUAAUAUCUAUAUAUUCUGUAGUCAAGUGUGUUAUAUUACUAUUUAUCGCUGAAUAAUAUGAUUUUGUUCUGAAUUACAAGUCCAAACUAAGUAUUAGCAAAAUACUACUACUAAAUUAUUUGAGAACAUGUGUAGUAGUGAUAACACUGAAAAAAUAUGUUUUAUGGCACGUCAGUUUAGUUACCAUUGCUUGAGACAUGAUUUUGUCAGCUAAUCGUAAUCCUAAUAACCUUGGAUAGAUUGUUAAAUGAACACUUGUAUGUAUAAUGACUAAUCUCGAGAACUAGACACUAAUCAGUGAGAAUGCAAUCACAGGAUCUAUUAUCAGGAUUAUGGCAUUGACAACUGAGUAGGUAUGUUUUUAAGUGUCAAUUGGGAUGGACAACCAAGAAUCAUCAAACGAAGCAGUUUUGUUUCACAGUUGAAUUUCAACAUCCUAAAACAGAAUUUGUCAUAUCCAACUAUCGGUCAAGGCAAUAGUUUAA